UCCGUCAGCAAAACGGCAGUUCAAAUUUAGCUGAAACGCGUGUGAUGUAUGCGUCAAAACACGCGUGAAACGCGUUUUGGGAUCUUCAGCUGCAGAGCCUACAACAGCGGCUUCAGGGUCGAUUUCACCGUAUGUGAUGUGUAAGGGCCUCUCCGCCAUCCAGUCCUCAUGCCUGGAAAAGGCAAAGGGUAUGAAAGUUAAACUCACUCACCUGGCCGAAAAACAAGAGUGGGUUCAUAAACACAGAACUGAAGAAAAGCCACCACAUGACCUGGAGACUUUGCUUAACAGCAAAAUGGGCAUUCAAGCUUUCCGAUGGUUUCUGUGUUCGGAGUUCAGUGAGGAGAACUUGGAAUUCUGGCUGGCAUGUGAAGACUACAAGAACUCAUCCGGGUCUAAACUGGCAUCCAAAGCCCAGAACAUCUACAACCGGUUCAUCAACCCAGAUGCUCCCCGUGAGGUGAAUCUGGACAGUGAGACCCGUGAGAUGUUAACGGACCUGAUGGAGACACCCACAGCCGAGACCUUUGAUGAAGCUCAGCACCGGAUCUUCACUCUGAUGGCUAAAGAUUCAUUCCCGCGUUUUCUGCGGUCCACUUACACUCAUUAGCCUCUCAAAGCCCUGCGAGACAGAACCUGUCACGAACCUUUCGGGCUAUAGAUGUGCUUCAUUACUUGUAUAAAUUUGCAUCAUUACUUAGCCUUUUAACUGCAGCCAAGUAGGAUGUAGUUUGGUUUAUGUAAAUGUUUGAUGGAUGCUAAUCAUUGUCUUUGCCACAUGAGCACU